AUGGCGUCGACACCAAUCAACGGCAACGGCGCGCAGGCCGUUGCCCAGAAGCUCCUGAACGCCGACCAGAAGCCCGGGUCGAGACCGACGCAUCUCAGCAUGGGCUCCGGGCUCUCAGGCUCUGGCAGCAACACACCACGCAUAAUACCGCAAGAGGGCACAAGCGGCUCCGGCUAUGUUGCUCCUACAUUCGAUGGCAAGGAGCAGCAGAUGGAGGCUGUCAUGGACGGCGUCGAGGACAAGGGUUUCAUUCCCCCGGAGCUCGUCGAGUCCGAGGUCAAGUGGUUCUACAUGCAACUCGGCAUCGACGACAUGUACUUCGCUACUGAGUCGGCCGAGGCCAUCAUCACCCACAUCCACUCGCUCUACGCCGCCAAGGUGGCUGCGUACGCCCGCGACGACAAGCGUCUCGAGAUCAGGCUCGACAAGGAGCACGAGGACCACGCCGUGUACAUCGACACCAGCAAGCCUGGUGUCUCCAUUCUCGACGGACCGCGCUACGAACAGCGCAUCGACACAAAGUACCUGAAUCCCUCGAAGGGUAGCUCCGGAUACCGUGUCGAGAGCUUCCGCUCGGCGAGCCCACUGCCCGGCAGCGACGACCAGCAGCUGCGAUGCUACUUCGUCUACCAGUGCGAUUUCGAGCAGGCCACCCCUAGCCCGACCGAGACCAACGUCGAGAAGGUCGGUGACAAGCGCUUCCUGCAGAAGGCUACGGCCAAUACCAAGGCCAUCUACCAGGAGGUACUCGAGGUCGCUGUUCAGCGAACUGGUCCUGUCAUCGAGUGGUUCGACAUCGAGGGUUCGCGGGACAAGCGUCUCGUCAUUGCCUAUAAGCAGGGCUCUGCUCUCGGCAUGUUCAGUGCGUUGAGUGACUUGUACCACUACUACGGGCUGACUACUUCACGAAAGUACGUCGAGCAAUUCUCGAACGGCUACACAGUCAUGUCGCUGUACCUCAGCCCGCUCCCCGGAGUUGCUGGUGCCAAGCACCCUCCUAUCGAGGCCUCGAUCCAUCAGAUUAUCAAGGAGAUCUCUCUGCUGUACUGCAUUCCCCAGAACAAGUUCCAGACUUUGUUUGCUACGGGCAGGCUGAGUCUACAGGAGAGCAUCUACGCUCACUGCGUCUGGGUCUUCAUCACUCACUUCCUCAACCGUCUUGGAAACGAGUACACUGCGCUCUCGGCCAUCUUAAACCCUGAGAACAGCGCCCACGCUGAGCUGCUGUCCAAACUGAAGCGCAGAUUGCGUGCCGAGACUUUCACCGCAGACUACAUCUUCGAGAUCAUCAACGAAUAUCCCGAUCUGGUUCACACCCUGUACCUAUCAUUCGCCAACACCCACUACGUCCAGACACGAGGCCAACAAGAUGACUUCUUGCCCACAUUGAGUUAUCUGCGUCUCCAGGUCGACAAGGUCCAGACCAACGAGGAGUUGACCGACACCAUCAACAGGGCUGUCGUCAAUGACCACCACGAGAUGGUCAUGAACUCGUUCCGCAUCUUCAACAAUUCCGUAUUGAAGACCAACUUCUACACCCUCACCAAGGUCGCUAUCAGCUUCCGUCUGAACCCCGGCUUCCUCCCGCUCUCAGAAUACCCUCAGCCUCUGUUCGGCAUGUUCCUCGUCAUUGGAUCUGAGUUCCGCGGUUUCCACCUCCGCUUCCGCGACAUCGCUCGUGGUGGUAUCCGUAUUGUGAAGUCGAGGAGUCAGGAAGCGUACUCGAUCAACGCACGUUCGAUGUUUGACGAGAACUACAAUCUUGCGAAUACACAACAGCGCAAGAACAAGGAUAUCCCCGAGGGCGGUUCCAAGGGUGUCGUUCUGCUUGACUUCAAGCACCAGGACAAGGCUGCUGGCGCAUUUGAGAAGUACAUUGACAGUAUUCUCGACCUCCUGCUGCCUCCUAACAGCCCUGGAAUCAAGGACCCAAUUGUCGACUUGCACGGCAAGCAGGAGAUUCUGUUUAUGGGUCCUGAUGAGAACACUGCUGAUCUUGUUGACUGGGCAACUGAGCAUGCUAGGGCUCGAGGCGCGCCAUGGUGGAAGUCUUUCUUUACUGGCAAGAGCCCUAAGCUCGGUGGUAUUCCUCACGACCGAUACGGCAUGACAACUUUGUCUGUCCGCGAGUAUGUCCUUGGUAUCUACCGCAAACUGAACCUAGACCCCAGCAAGGUCCGCAAACUGCAGACUGGUGGUCCCGACGGCGAUCUUGGCUCCAACGAGAUCUUGCUUGCAAACGAGAAGUAUGUCUCCAUCGUUGAUGGCUCCGGUGUGCUUGUCGACCCCAACGGUCUUGAUCACAGCGAGCUUCUCCGCCUCGCCAAGAACCGCCAGAUGAUCAACAACUUCGACAUCACCAAGCUGUCGAAGGACGGAUACCGUGUUCUCGUCGAUGACACGAAUGUCCGCCUGCCGUCUGGCGAUCUGGUCUACAAUGGCACCACCUUCCGCAACACCUUCCACCUGCGCAGCGACAUCCAGUACGAAACUUUUGUUCCCUGCGGUGGCCGCCCCGAGUCUAUCGAUCUCUCCUCCGCCAACAAGCUCAUCGUCGAUGGAAAGUGCAUAAUUCCCUACCUCGUGGAAGGCGCCAACCUCUUCAUUACACAAGACGCGAAGUUGCGCCUCGAGAAGGCCGGCUGCAUCCUGUACAAGGACGCCUCAGCCAACAAAGGCGGUGUGACCUCGUCAUCCCUCGAAGUCCUCGCCUCGCUCUCUUUCGACGACGAGUCCUUCGUCAAGCACAUGUGUGUCGAUGCCAACGGCGUCGCGCCCGACUUCUACAACCAGUAUGUCGCCGGCGUGCAGAAGAUCAUCCAGAACAACGCCCGUCUCGAAUUCGAGGCCAUCUGGCGCGAACAUCAGGAAACCGGGCAGCCGCGAUCGAUCCUGUCCGACACACUAUCAAACGCCAUCACGAAGCUCGACGAAGAGCUGCAGAACACCGAUCUCUGGCACAACGUCGCGUUCCGCCACUCGGUGCUGUCCGAGGCCUUGCCGCCGCUGCUGCUGCAGCAAAUCGGUCUCGAGAAGAUUAUUGAGCGCGUUCCCGACAACUACCUCCGCGCGAUUUUCGGCUCCUACCUCGCCAGCCGCUUCGUUUACGAGUUCGGCGCCAGCGCGUCGCAGUUUGCCUUUUUCGAUUUCAUGAGCAAGCGCGUCGCCAAGGCGAAUUCGCAGUCGAACGACACGGUUACUUUGUAA